UUUCAACAACAUAACAUGUUUAUCAAUGAUGUCGACGUAACAGAAUCGGCGACUAUAAAAGCAUCUGUUCUUGCAUCCCAGUUAUCAUUCGCUAACGCUUGGCAAAACUCGAACAGUUCUUCCAAUUGCCAAUUUGCAGAUUUUAUAAAAAUGAAAUUCUUCAACGUCUUCUUCAUCGUAAUUAUUGCCAUCCUUGGCCUUCAACAGUCAGUAAUGGCUUGCAUAAGAGACCGUGAUGGUUGUCAGCCUGAUGGUCGUCAAGGAAACUGUUGUUCUGGAUAUUGCCAUAAACAACCUGGAUGGGUCGCCGGCUAUUGCAAAAGGCGAUAAGAUAAUUCUAUCUUCUGACACAUUUUCGAUGAUUUUUGUACUGUAGUUUUAAUUUAUGCAAAGAGUUUGUAAAAUUAUAAUUUUAAAAAUAAAUAUAAUGUUAAUUUUCAAA